GGUGAUGGUGUUUAGUUGGCAAUUCUACAUCUCGAGGAGAACCAGAAACAGCUCACUGAUCUCAUCUCUCUCUCGAAAGAGUUCUUUUUCCUUUUUACAGAGUCAAUACAACAAAACCAGAUAACAGAGAUAGCGACAAACCAUCCGUGACCUCCUCUGUUUUUAUCCAAAUCUCUCUUUCACGUGAUUGAAUUCUUUGUUUUGGUAGACAUUGCUUAAUUCUUUGGAACUCUUUUGCUUUAUAUAUAUCUCUUCUCACAUUAUUCUCUUCUUCAUAUUCAAAUCUCCUCUCCCUAACUGUUUUAUGGGUUUUGAGUCUUUAAUUUCAUUCUCUUCUUGAAAUCUGAUUUGGGGGAUCUCUUUACUUACACUUUUUUUUUUUGUGAUUUUUGUUUAAGACAAAAGAGUUUGGAUACGAUGAAGUAUGGUCUUAUCAUAACCAUUGCUUUACUACUAUACACAAGCUUUGUUCUUGUUUGUGUAGCGAAAGAGUGUACGAACGUUCCUACGCAGCUCUCAUCGCAUACUUUCCGCAACGAGCUUCUUCAAUCAAAGAACGAAACUUUGAAGACAGAGUUGUUCUCUCAUUACCAUUUAACACCAACUGAUGACGCUGCUUGGUCUACUUUGUUGCCAAGGAAGAUGUUGAAAGAAGAGGCUGAUGAAUUUGCUUGGACUAUGUUGUAUAGGAAGUUCAAGGACUCUAAUUCCUCUGGUAACUUUCUUAAAGAAGUCUCUUUGCACGACGUUAGGCUGGAUCCAAACUCCUUUCAUGGGAGGGCUCAGCAGACAAACCUUGAGUAUCUAUUGAUGUUGGAUGUUGAUGGUUUGGCCUGGAGCUUCCGUAAAGAAGCUGGUCUUGAUGCUCCUGGAGAUUACUAUGGAGGAUGGGAGAAACCAGAUAGUGAACUCCGUGGCCAUUUUGUCGGUCACUAUUUGAGUGCAACAGCUUAUAUGUGGGCAAGUACUCAUAAUGAUACUCUCAAGGAGAAAAUGUCAGCUCUUGUCUCAGCUCUAUCGGAAUGCCAGCAGAAAUUUGGCACAGGAUAUCUCUCUGCUUUUCCUUCCAGUUUUUUCGACCGUUUUGAAGCUAUAACACCUGUUUGGGCUCCUUACUACACCAUUCACAAGAUUCUAGCCGGUCUGGUGGAUCAAUACAAGUUGGCUGGGAACAGUCAAGCUUUAAAGAUGGCAACAGGGAUGGCUGAUUACUUCUAUGGUCGUGUUCGUAAUGUGAUAAGGAAGUACAGCGUUGAACGACAUUGGCAAUCACUAAACGAAGAGACUGGUGGCAUGAAUGAUGUUCUCUAUCAGCUAUACAGCAUUACUGGAGAUUCCAAGUAUUUGUUGCUCGCACAUCUCUUUGACAAGCCUUGCUUUCUUGGAGUCCUCGCGAUUCAGGCCGAUGAUAUAAGUGGAUUCCAUUCUAACACACAUAUUCCCAUCGUCGUUGGAUCCCAACAACGGUAUGAAAUCACUGGUGAUCCACUCCAUAAGGAAAUUUCAAUGUUCUUUAUGGACAUCGUUAAUGCUUCUCACAGCUAUGCAACUGGAGGAACAUCAGUCAGUGAGUUCUGGCAAGAUCCAAAGAGAAUGGCGACUACACUGCACACUGAAAACGAGGAAUCAUGUACUACUUAUAACAUGCUCAAGGUCUCUAGGAAUCUGUUCAGAUGGACAAAAGAGGUUAGCUAUGCAGACUAUUACGAGCGCGCUUUGACCAACGGUGUGCUCGGAAUUCAAAGAGGAACCCAACCCGGACGGAUGAUCUACAUGCUCCCAUUAGGUAAAGGUGUUUCUAAGGCUGUGACUUAUCACGGUUGGGGAACACCGUAUGAUUCCUUCUGGUGUUGCUAUGGCACUGGAAUUGAAUCCUUCUCAAAACUGGGAGAUUCCAUUUAUUUUCAAGAAGAUGGUGAAUCUCCUGCUCUUUAUGUCAUCCAAUAUAUAUCAAGCUCACUUGAUUGGAAAUCUGCUGGUCUUUCGAUAUCUCAGAAAGUUAAACCCGUAGUGUCAUGGGAUCCGUACAUGCGCGUGACAUUCACUCUUUCUUCUUCCAAAGAGGGAAUGGCAAAGGAGUCGACUUUGAAUCUAAGAAUUCCUGUUUGGACAAAAGGUGCCAAAGUAUCUUUGAAUGGGCAACCCUUAAAAGUACCAGCUUCAGGUAAUUUCUUAUCAAUCAAACAGAACUGGAAAUCUGGCGAUCAAAUAACAAUGGAGCUACCAAUGAGUAUCAGAACCGAAGCUAUAAAAGAUGAUCGUCCGGAGUACGCAUCUCUUCAAGCCAUACUCUAUGGUCCCUACUUGUUAGCCGGACAUAUGAGCAGGGACUGGAGCAUCACAACUCAGGCUAAAGCUGGGAAAUGGAUAACCCCUAUACCUGAAACUUAUAACAGUCACCUUGUCACACUCUCACAACAAUCCGGAAACAUAUCUUACGUGUUGUCAAAUACCAACCAAACCAUCACAAUGAGGGUAUCAUCCGAGCCAGGGACACAAGAUGCCGUUGCGGCGACUUUCAGACUCGUGACUGCAGAUAAUUCUAAACCACGGAUAUCGGGUCCAGAGGCACUAAUUGGAAGCCUGGUCAUGCUUGAGCCGUUUGAUUUCCCUGGCAUGAUUGUAAAGCAAGCAACUGAUAGCUCCCUCACGGUUCAAGUUUCUUCUCCUAGUGACAAAGGAGCUUCUAGCUUUCGGUUAGUAUCUGGAGUUGAUGGGAAGCCAGGAAGCGUUUCGUUAAGACUAGAGAGCAAAAAGGGUUGUUUUGUGUACAGCGAUCAAACACUAAAGCAGGGGACGAAACUAAGGCUUGAAUGUGGUUCGGAUGCGACUGAUGAGAAGUUUAAACAGGCAGCAAGCUUUAGUUUAAAGACAGGAAUGAAUCAAUACAAUCCAAUGAGUUUCGUGAUGAGUGGAACACAGAGGAACUUUGUGUUAUCGCCAUUGUUUAGCUUAAGAGAUGAAACAUACAAUGUGUACUUCAGUGUGCAAACUUGAAGAAAGAAACACUUAAAAACUCCUUUUAAGUACAUUGGGAGGAAAAAUAAGAAAAAGUCUCAUUUGAAACAUAGACAUGUGUUUAGAUGUUUAGCCUCUUAGGUGGUUUAUGACUUUUGUGUGUUUGCAAUUUCAUCUAAAAAUGUAUGUUGCUGUUACAUCAAAUAUAGACAAAUGUGUUUUUAUAAAUUGUGCUAACGAUU